UUUAUGUCCUUUCUUCUAGGGAAACCUCUAGGUAAUUACAGUUCCUUAUGUCGGCACCAGCUAUGAAGUCAGAGGAAGACUUUUUGAGUCAAUCAUUAACAAGCUCAUUUGGUCUUCUCCCCAAUCAGCUCUAUUCCUAGGUCUUCAGGAAAUGGGGCAAAAAUAAUUAGGGUGGAACCAGACUCUCCCGGGGUCAAAAUUCGUUCCAGGGCAGUGCAAGCCCCUAGCAAGAAGACGAAGGCGGCGCUGUGAGCAUGUGCUCCAGCUAAGAUGGAUACCAUCUUGGUCUUCAGCCUAAUCAUUACGUCCUAUGAUGUCAGCAAGAAAGGUAUCAGAGAUAGCAGCUGCCACGUAGAACAGCUGCCUGGGUUCUUCCCAAAGGAUGUGAGAAGAACUGGGGAUGUGCUCAUGCAAGAGGCUCAGGCACAAGCCAAAACGUCUACCUUCAUUCAAAAUCAGACUGUGGCUACCCUGCAGUGCCUUGGCUCUGGGAGCAAAGUCAAAGUCAACCUUGUUUAUUCAGAGAAAGGGUCAAAGGUCAAGCAGACUCUGAAGAACCUGAGAGUGAUCGCUGCUCCCCACAGAAACAGCACUGCCUCCCCAAACUGUCACUUAACCUCCACAACCAAGUUUCAGACUGGAUCCCUUCUCACGGGGCAAGCUUUUUUACCAGGGAUCUCUCGAUGUAAGGUCUAUGUGGUGAUGAGGGCUGCAUUGGAGACUUUUUCUACCACGAUCACCUCCAUAUCUCCUGGGAAUAAAGAAGGAGAGAAAACUACAAGUACUGAUGAUUUUUCUAGCCCUUUGAAAGAAGACACAGAUGAGAAUCUAAAGAAGCGGCAGAAAUGGAGCAUUGUGGUCAAAUUUCUGAUUGCUAUCACCCUGUUGUUGAGUGGAGUUGCCAUUAUAGUGUUUGUCAUUUUUGAAGUCCCAUGCCCUAGUCAAUGCCGGGGAACCAGAGAACUAUGCCAAAGCCAGCGGUUAUGGAGAAGGCAAAGGAAGGCAGGCCAGCAACCUGAGGCAGCUGAAUCCCAGCUUGAGUCUCAGCCCAAGAAGGUUGGACAAGAUGCUCCCAACUCAUCAAGUCCAAGGAAAGCUGCAAGGAUCACUAUCAUCCACGAGACAUACUUCUGAAAAGCUCUUCUCUGCUUCACACGUUGAAUGAAGGAUACUGCACUGUCUUUUCCCUGUCAUUAACCAAUAUUGGCAGGUUCUUGUGAAUUCACU